CGCUAAAAUACCUACAGCUGAUUGUUGUGGUGCAAGUCGUAUUUUUACAAAUUCCAACAGUUUUUCGCUCAAACGUGGCCUCAGUUAGAGUAAAGGGCGGAAAAUGCUGUUCCCCGAUGAUGUUAACUUCUCGAACCCACCCUCGGGGGCCAACUUUGAACGGCUGAAGGUAGAGUACGUGUACCGAUCGGAAAAGUUCCACUUCCAGAGCCGCGACUUCUCCAAACAAUUCUCCUUCAUCUACUCUUCGCGGCUGGAGGAAAUGGUGCCCCUGAUUUCGGGCCGUGUGGUUGAGAAAUGGGGCAAAGAAAUGCCGAUUAAACGGCUGGCGGAUCUGCGGGAAGAGUGUCCCCAGAAGUGUGUUAUUAUCGGGACGCUUUUCAAGCAUCAGGAACUGAAACCGAGCAUACUGAGGGAAAUCUCGGAGGAAAAUCAGUUGGCACCGCAACCACCACGGUCCCAUUAUACCGAUGAGAAGGACAUUCUUAUACUAGAGGAUGCUUUGCAGCGAAUUCGAUUGGUUGGAAACAUCGACGUGCACUCCGUAGUUACCGGAGUUGUCUGCGCCUUGCUGGGACAAGAUAGAUACCAAGAAUCAGAUGGACGUUUCUUUGUCGAGGAUUACUUAUUCUAUGAGGGAGGACCACAGAAACCUCUGAAAUCGUUGGAAAGUUCUCCUCUGCUGGUGCUUAUAUCGGGUUUGAAUCAGACUGCAGCCAACGACUGUUCGCUCUCGCUUGAGCUACUACAGCAAUGGCUUUUUGGAAAUUUGGAAGGUGUCGGUCAGAACCAGGACUGGGAGGCGGCUAGCGUGGCACGAAUCGUGAUUGCCGGGAACUCGGUGAAAGCAACGCUGAAACACAAAAAUCAUUUGCACACAAAGUCUACAAACGAAGCGACAGAGCUGGUGGCUGCGGUCAAAGCUGUGGACACCUUAGUGUACAACCUAGCUCAAUCUGUUCCGGUCGAUUUAAUGCCCGGUGAGUUCGAUCCUGCCAAUCACAUGAUUCCACAGCAACCGAUGCACCAGUGCCUGUUUCCGCAGUCAGCUGAGUUUGCCAGUUUCCAUGGUGUGCCGAAUCCAUACGCAUUCGAGUUGGCCGGUAGACAGAUUGUUGGAACGGCCGGGCAAAACGUACAGGACGUAAUGCGAUUCUCCAACAUCGAAAAUCCACUGGAAGCACUAAAGGCAACCCUGCGCUGGAGUCAUUUAUUUCCGACUGCGCCAGAUACACUGCCCUGCUAUCCGUACUAUCAGAAAGAUCCGUUCAUUGUGAGCGAGUGUCCGCAUGUUUACUUUGCCGGAAACUGUGGGGAGUUUAUGACGGAACAGUGGACCGGAGCGAACGGCCAAACGACACGCUUGAUAUGUGUUCCAUCAUUUUCCGAACACCAAAGCAUUGCGGUUGUCAAUCUUCGUACGAUGGAAUGCAAGAAGGUGAGCUUCGCCGUGGACAGCUUUGGCGAUGGUGAAGAAUGAGGAACAUUACAGCUCGAUCAUAAUACAAAAAUCCCAAUCCACU